AUGACUCUGAUUGUGUGGACGUUAUUUCUCUGUGUUUUAUUGUACGGACCUGUGACUGAGGCCUGUCCUAGUGGCUGUAGCUGUGAGAGGAGUAACUCCUGUAAUGGGAAAUAUGUAAACUGUGAAUAUAAAGGGUUAACUGAAGUUCCUACCAACAUCCCCACAGAUACAUGUUUCUUAUUUCUACGUAGCAACCAGAUAACCACCAUUCCAGAAAAUGCCUUUAAAGGAUUGCCAAAUUUACAGACACUGUAAGUUUUUGAUCAAUUUUUUCAUAUGUCAGAUUGAAAGAAAUUUAAUUUAUUAGCAAAUUCCGAAAUUUAAUGUAUUAGAAAAUUUGCUUACAACAUUUAAAAAAAAAUGUGGAAAUUCAGUGGAGUGAGUAAAAGACAAUAGAUGUUGUCUCUGCAUGUCGACACAUGUACUGAACACAAAGAAAACCAGUAGAUAAUGAGUUGGUUAUUUGACUCUAUAGAAUUCAUGAUGAAGGGCCCUGAAUGUUUACUGCCAAGGGUGAAAGAAAUUACUUCCUUCCAAUUGUUUCAUUUGACUAAAAUACAAAACAUCAUGUACAAUGUUUUAUUGGGAUUU